UAGUCUACAAGUGGGAGAUCUUCGUCACCCUCUCUUCACUCCCUCAGUUUUUGCGGACCACUUCAAGGAUUAAAUAUGCGUGAGUGCAUCUCCAUCCACGUUGGCCAGGCUGGUGUCCAGAUCGGCAAUGCCUGCUGGGAGCUCUACUGCCUGGAACAUGGCAUCCAGCCCGAUGGCCAGAUGCCAAGUGACAAGACCAUUGGGGGAGGAGAUGACUCCUUCAACACCUUCUUCAGUGAGACAGGGGCUGGCAAGCACGUGCCCCGGGCAGUGUUUGUAGACCUGGAACUCACAGUUAUCGAUGAAGUUCGCACUGGCACCUACCGCCAGCUCUUCCACCCUGAGCAGCUCAUCACAGGCAAGGAGGAUGCUGCCAAUAACUAUGCCCGUGGCCACUACACCAUUGGCAAGGAGAUCAUUGACCUUGUCUUGGACAGGAUUCGCAAGCUGGCUGACCAGUGCACGGGUCUCCAGGGCUUCUUGGUUUUCCACAGCUUUGGCGGGGGCACUGGCUCUGGGUUCACCUCCCUGCUGAUGGAGCGGCUC